AGCAGAUCGCAGCUCUUAGGGUUGCAAUGGCAACUGGCCGGAUGGAAGGUCAACAACAGCAACUUUGUUUCAUCUGAACAAGUUUAUACCUUUAAGCGGCGUUAGGCGCGUUAGGCUGAUGCUGACCCGCUCUUCUGAUGUGAGAGACCAAGUUAGAACACUUGCAGUUGGAAGAUGUCCCAGGGAUGUACAAUUUCUGUGGAAGAGAUCCAGUCUUGGUGGGAAGUCCCCGCCAUAGCGCACUUUUGCUCGCUGUUCAGGACAGCAUUCAAUCUUCCAGACUUUGAAAUCGAGGAGCUGGAGGAGGCGCUGCUGAAGCAGGACGGCGAAUUCCUGGCUGAACUCAUCGCCUCGCUGCUGCAGGGCUGCUAUCAGCGCACAGACAUCACACCCCAAGCAUUUAGCAGUUACCUUGAUGACAUCAUCAACUACCGCUGGGAGCUGGAAGAGGGGAAGCCCAACCCCCUACGACUGGGCCCCUUUGAGACUCUGCCGACUCGCACGCAAGUGGAGCUGCUUCACCGACUCUGCGACUACCGGCUGGAUGCGGCCGACGUCUUCGACCUGCUCAAGGGCCUGGAUGCAGACAGCUUGCGGGUUGAGCCAUUGGGGCAGGAUGGAAGUGGCGCCCUCUACUGGUAUUUCUAUGGCACACGCAUGUACAAAGAGGAGCCGGUUAAGCCAAAGCCAGGUGAACUCUGCGAGGUACCUGAAGUCAGGGUGCCGGAGAAGAGGAAGAGAGGAAGACCGCCAAAGAAGAAGAAGCUGGAGGAAGAGAAGCGGCUGAGCGAACUGAACGCCGUGGUGGAGGAGAACGGGGUGGACCCUCUGCGGCUUGGCUCGGAGCGGGAGCGAGGUGCUUGGUCUCUGGUGUGUGACACAGAGGAGGAAUGGGUCAAGUUGGCCGACAGCAUCAAGGACAAGUCCUCUCCCCAGGACCGGCAUCUCUACCGCGUCAUCAGCCAGAACUUCCUGCCGGAGAUCAGCAGCAUGAUCGAUCACAAGGAGAAGGAGCAGCGAGAAAAACGGCUGGAUUCCACACCUCCACACAGCUCCUCCCAGCGGCUGCCGGCAAAAAACGAAACCCGCAAGGAGGAGGAGGACCAGACAGCCACCGUGCGGGCAGAUCAGCACAGGCGGAAGGAGGACGAUGCGGAUCGGCAGGCUCUGCUGGCCGAGCAGCGCAAGGAGGAGGAGAGGAUGGUGCAGGAGGAGCGGGAGCGUGAAGAGCUGGAGCGGGUCAAAGCCGUGGAGGAACGCGCCCGUCGACGGAAGCAGCGGGAGGAGAAGGCCUGGCUGCUGUCCCAGGGCAAGGAGCUUCCUCCAGAGCUGCUCCAUCUGGAGCCGCACUCGCCCAUCCGUCGGGCCCGACGCACCAAGGAGUUCUAUGAAAUCGAUGACGAUUACACAGCACUGUACAAAGUGCUGGAGGCUCUGAAGGCCCACAAAGAUGCAUGGCCCUUCAUGGAGCCUGUGGAUGAGUCCUACGCCCCCAACUAUCACGAGAUCAUCCAGAGUCCAAUGGACCUAUCCACCAUCGAGAAGAAGCUCAACGAGGGCGAGUACAUCGCCAAGGACGAGUUCGUGUCCGACGUAAAGCUGAUGUUUGAGAACUGCCAGGAAUAUAACGGGGAGGACAGCGAAUACACCAUGAUGGCUGAAUCCCUGGAGCGAUGCUUCGCUAAGGCCCUGCUCAAGCACUUCCCCUCGGAGGAGGGAGACACGGACGAAGAGUUCCAUAUCAGCAGUGAGGACAGGGAGCGGCGGGAACGCCGGAGGAGCCGAGUCCAGCGCUCAGGCGGACAGGCGGCACUCGACAGCCUGACCCGUGCCGCAGAGAAGCCAGCCCGGCGCCGGAGGGACUCCCAGAGCGGGAAAGGGGGCCCCCCUCAGGAGGAACACCGACGAAAAUCCAGCCCACCACCCCCCACCUCUCCGUGGUCCAAUGGGCCCCUGAGAGGUCCGCCUUUCCAGGCGGGACAGCCACGUCCUGGAGCUGAGGUCGGGCCCAACCCCUAUCGUCCAGCACAGAUGCAGCAGCUCCAGCGGCCGUCUGGCCAGCGCUUCAUGUUCCGCGGGCAGAGACCACCAGACCCGCAACCUGGAGGGUUCAGACCAGAAGGCCUGGUGGGUUUCGGGCCUGGGGGGCCAAGCUCGUGGCACCUCCCCAGCUUCAACGUGCAGCACCCACCUGGACAAGAGCAGCACCUCGGCCCCCGCUUCCCGAUGGACGCCAAGCCCCGGCCGCUGCCUUCGCAGCACCAGCCGCCCCAUUCCUACAUGGGUCCCACUCACGGCCCUUCGCUGGGUCCUCGGCCUAUGGCCCUGCAGUCAGGGGGCCUCUGUAGCCCGGCACAGGAGGGCAGCUUGCACCCGGUGCAUCGGCGUCCCGAGGGCCAGGUCAUGCAUGCAGGAGGAAGCCGCUACCCAGGUUCAGAUGUCCCACCACAGCACAACUCGUUCACUCGCUUCUGCCCCCCUGUGGAGGGGAUGCCCCCGGUGUGGUCUGGGAUGGGCAACCAGGGACACGAGCGGCCGAGUGGCCCAGCCAAUGAGGACCAGGGAAACCCUCCCCCCCAGCUGGCCUUUGUCUCUGGGGUGGGCCGGCCCCUUAUGCCCCCCAAGCCAUGGCCAGAGCAGCCCUCCAGGUACCCUGCCCUCAAUGGGCCAUAUCGAAUGCCUUCCGUCCACUCCCCAGGGCCUGUGUCACAGCGCCCCCCCGGGCCACCCCACGAAUCACGCCCCCUGUUGGCGUCCAUGCUGGAAAGCCCGGAAAUGAUUGCCCUUCAGCAGCUGUCUGCCUCCUCGAGGGCCCCCCCUGCCGGCCCCCCCCGCCAGCCCCUUCCCCAGCAGCCCCCGCAGGCGACCCCAGCCCCCGGCCUGCAGCCCAACUUGCCUCCACUCGAAAUGCGGCAGCACGGCCUCUCCGGGGACAGCGGAGGUGAUGGCCGGUCCACUGACGACCUGGACCCAGUGCCCAAAGGUGUGACCCCCGUCGAGCCUCCGGCGGCCAUCCAGCCGGCCCGAGUGGCACCGGUGCCGGCCAAGCAGGAGCGCCGGUCCGUCCCGAGCCCCACAGAGCACCCUGACCAAUCCGGCGGGGGCCUUCAGAGCCCGUCUGGCCCAGACGUGAACAGGCAGCUAGAGCGGGGGAAGGGAGAGCCGGCGCCGGGACACCCCCAGGGCACAGAGACAUGUGACAGGGAGGGGAACCGCAUGGCACAGCCUCCCCACCACCAGGCGUCCCAGAAUGCACCGCGUCAUGGUGCGGCUCGAAACCUGCCACAUGCCGGACGGCCACCCACAGCCCCGGGCCAUGCUGCUCCGCGGCCCCCCGGGCCCUUGGAACGUGGGGACAGGAGGCCAGGGGAGGCCCCAAACGGCAGCCCUGUUCCCCAGCAGCACACUGGGCCAGCCAUGAUGAGGUCACCAGCACCCCCCAAUGGCCACUACGAACAGCCCACUUUCAGCCCAGAGACGCAGCAUCCAGGCCACAGCAGGCCCCCACAUGGCCCCCGAGGGCCAGCAGCAUCUCACAUACCCCCCCACCCCCAAGGGCAGGAAAAUGGGGCCAUGGUCCAGUUUGGCAUGGGCAGUACCCCCCAUGCACAGUACCGCCUGCCCGUCGGACGGUCGCUGCCCGCAUCAAACCACCAGGCUUUUCCCAGCCAGCCCCUACAGCAGACUGUGAACCCCCACACCAGCCCUGCCCAGUAUCCUUCCUAUCACCGGCAGGGGGCGACGUAUCCCUACCACAUGGCCGCCCCUAGCCACCAAGGAAACUCAAAUAUGUUCCCGCCGUACCAGCAGACACACUACUACCCCCAGGCCCAGGGUGGCAGGCGGGGUGGCUUUCCGUCAGAGGAGUGGCAUGCUGCCCCCUACCAGCCUUGUCACCCCGUGCCCUCCAACGCCUACGUCUCCACCAGCGUCGCCCCAAACGGCCCUGGGCACGUCAAGGAGAGCAGCAUGUCCCCGGAGGGCGCGGGGGGCUCCUUGCUUUCCCCGAGCCCCCGGCCUGAGGGCCCGGCAGACACCCGGGAGUCCGGUAGCCCGGUGAAAGUGGCUCGCGUGGAAGGAGGUCCCGACCGAUCCGAGAGCCCCAAGGAGAUCCUGGACCUGGACAGCCACACCGCCAUGGCCCGAGGUCGUUCCGGCCAGCCGCCCUGCGCCCCUGGCUUCCUGUACGACCCCCGCGCCAUGCAUCCUGGUAUGCAGCAGGGCGGCGCCCCACCCCCCCACAUGAUGUCUCAUCCUCCCUAUUCAGCCCACCCAUAUCCUGGUGGUCACUAUGCCCCUCAGCGACCCCACCCGCACCUGAUGGAGGCCCUACAGCGCCCCCAGCACCUGCCUUACCCUGGCGGUCAGUCUCGCAUGGCCCCAUACAGACACCCUCAAGCUGGGGGCCACUUCCAGGGCAUGAUGGUCCCCCAGAGAGGCGUGGUGCCUGAACACUACCUUCACCCUGGGCAGCAGAGGAUGUGUGCCGGUUCGCCCAGGGAUCACAGCGGCAAGCAGGGCGUGUGAACAGCCCCGGGGGAAGUGAGGAGGCGGAACUCUGCGUCAUGCGGCCCGGCCGCGGCUUUUACUGCACGCCGAGUGAAUGGAAGUGAAAGCCGCGGAGCUCCCUGCCUGUGUGCAUGCGUGUGCAGUGCCCCAAGCCCUCAAGCAGGGCCACCAGCCCGUAUUUACUGCAUCUAGAGAGUUUUUUAUCUGUGUCUUACUCCCCGCGGGAGCUUCUGCUUGCUGUUGAAUGCCAGCCGUCAGUCCAGCACCCAUCCAACACUGGAGCGGCUCUGUGGUCUCACUCAGGUCCACGACAGCCGGUACUUCUGCGAGUGCAGUGAAUUCUGCGACUGCAGUGAACUUCCGCCGUAUCUCAAGCGCCGAACCCCAGCCUCUUGGCCUUUUGUGUACUCGUUGAAUGUAUGAAUGAAAUAUUGGCAGCAUGGGGCCCCUGUGCGGACGCUCGGGCCCCUGUGCGGACGCUCGGGCCCCUGUGCGGACGCUCGGGCCCCUGUGCGGACGCUCGGGCCCCUGUGCGGACGCUCGGGCCCCUGUGCUGCCUUGCCUUGUUUUGACACAGUUGUGGUGUCCCUCCGAUUUUGCCUUCACUGUAAAAACGUUAAGUCCGCCUGCUUCUGGGUACCACACUGGAUAAUGAUACUUCAGAUACUGGAAUUAGUGGCCUUGGAUUUAUUUAUUUUCUACCUUUCGUUCGACGCUUUGUAUACACAGCGUACAACGUUAGUGUUUUUCGCUUCAGUUAAGGUGUACAAGUGGCCACAGACUACUUCACAUUUUACAUGAUCUUACAUGCAUUGAAAUCUGUCUCUCUGGCGUGUUCUUAGGUUUUUAAACUGAGUGUUUUUUUAAACUCUUGUAGCUGCUUGUAUGAUAAAUGCACAUUUCAUUUAGGGUUUAGUCAUAUUGAGUAGAUUUUUGCAAGCAAACACCCGCUUUUUUCAAGCUGAACGUCCUCAGGGUAUAGUGUUAAUACGGGUAUUUUAAAAUGACUUAUUUGAUGGAUAACUCCACAUCAGUUCAUGCUGACGAGGUCCUGCUGGAUUGUGUGUAUGUAUGUGUUUGUAUAUAAAAUUUUAUAUAUAUAUCUUCAGUCUACUGGGAGAAUGACUGCUGUCUUCACCGGACGCUUGGUUGCGGUCUCUCUGCUCUGUAAAAAUCCGGGGAGGUUUAAAGGUUAGGAGGGCCGACGUAUCCUGGUUUAGGAAAACGAGGAUUUCUGGAGGGGGACCACUGCAUGGAGUGCUCCUCCGGGAUCUGUCCGUGGAGGACCUCAGAUGACUCCAUGGUCUGGGAGUGUUUAUUUCUCGUGUGAAAGUUACUGUGCUGUUAAUGAUCAUUUCUGGACUGUGGCGAUCCCUCCAUGGCAUUUUCAUCUACCUCAGAGGCCUUCCGGCUCUCUCGCUUAUCGCCUUGCCCCCGAUCCCACCCUCGACCUCCCUCCUUGGCUCCACAGCCGCCCUGAGCCUCUCGGGGGGGGGGGCCCGCUCCCCUCCCCUCGCUCAUGCAGGUGCCACAGGGUCUGAGCCAUGCCUGGCAAAGGAGUGUCAGUUAUUCUAAGUAUUUGAAGAUUCCUAGGACUUCAAAAUGAUAACUGAGAGGGAGAGCUGCAGUCUCUGUACCUGCAAACAGACGGUCCUUUGUGCGGAGUAAAGCAGAAACAUUCAGAGCCGUCCAUCAUAUGAUAUCCUUUUUUUUUAAGCAAUAGUUGUUAUUGGAGGUAAGUAUGAAGGACAUCAGCAUUGAAAUUGAGUUUUUGCUGCCACACGGUGGACACGCUGGGUAUAACACCCAGGAGCCUGAUCUCUGUUAGCGUUCUGUAUUCAUCUUCCCCUGCUGUUGUCUGGUUUGUCUGCACUAGGAAAUGCUAGACUGGAUUUAAUGUGAAACAUAUUUAUUUGUUCCUUAUAUUUUGUAUAUUUGGACUUGUUCUUAAUAUAAAUGUGACUCUUGUUCAGUCAACAUUUACCUCAGUAGUAGGAUAAAAACACAAAAUCCCAUCUUUCCUGUGAUGUUUACGAGUUCUUGACUGACAUAGAUUAUUUUGGAAAUGGACUGAAGUAUUUUCUAAACUGUACAUUUCUUAGAAUAAAUAACUUUUACACAA